UUCAUGACGAUGAAAAGUUUAGUGUUUGUUAUUUCAAACAAACUAAGUUAGGCCCUACGUGUACGUAGAUACGCAAGGAUUCAUCCAACGGAUGGGAGCGGUUUAACCCGUAUAACCGUGGAAAACUUUCAUAAACGGCCCGGCCUUAAAUGCUGAAUAAUCUAUCUUUGGGCAAUGUUAAUGUUUACAAUACUAGAGUCCACGACGACUGCGACUUGAUUUAGAGUACAACUAUUGCUCCUUCAGUACGUAAGAAUACCAAUACGUGCAAAAAGAAAAAUAGAAACCAAAAUUGAUCUUUCUGCCAGUAGAUCAAAUCUCAAAAGAUGCCGUCCCGUAGUUCCUUGUCGCCCGGCGAGGAGGUAGGGACUAAAAGCCAUGUGGCAGGCAGGGCGGGCAAGAGCAUCGAGCAGAUUUAUCAGAAGAAAUCGCAACUUGAACAUAUCUUGUUGCGCCCGGACACCUACGUGGGAUCAUGUAGCCUUAACUUACAACACGAUUUCUGUUGCUUUAUCAUCGAGAAAGUCUAAGCGCCUGAGAUAUUGCUACAAAACAUGCGCAAUUCAAUGAAGUAGCUUUCGUCUUUUUUUUACUGUAGUGCCAUGCUUAUCCGAAAGGGAAGAGCUUGCAUGUUUAUGCGCGAAGCUGCCGGCGACGGACGGGGCUAACCCCCUAUAGAGGGCUAACCCCCUAUCGCUAACCCCCUUCGUCGUCCUAGAUCAUCCCGGAAUAUGUUUCUUGAUUCAUGAUCCAGCUCCGAGAGUAGCCUCUUCAAUCUGAGUUCAAUGAAUUAUGAUUAUGUCUUUUAUUUUUUUCUUCCUGUUUAAACUUUACAGGCGAGCCUCAGAUGCAGGAGAUGUGGGUCUUCGAUACGCAGAACGAAAAAAUGCAAUUUCGCAAAGUCACCUACGUUCCUGCCUUAUACAAGAUCUUCGACGAAAUCCUUGUUAAUGCCGCGGAUCACCUGCAGAGAAGCUCGAAGAUGAACUGCAUCAGUGUCGACAUAAAUCCUGAAGCUGGGUACUUGAAUUUUAUUAAUCAACAAGGCACAAACCAAAACUGAUUGACGAUGUCUCUUUCAACAUUUUACUUUUAGGACUGUUACUUGCAAUCAUGUUGAUCGAAAACCUAGUACUAGUUGUAGAAACGAUUUUUCCUUCACAACGACCAGCACGAUAGCAGUCUACAACAACGGCGACGGCGUUCCAGUGAAAAUGCACAAAGAGCACAAGAUAUAUGUGCCAGAGCUCAUUUUCGGUAAUUUGUUGACUUCGGACAACUACGACGACAAUGAGAAAAAAGUCACGGGUGGACGUAACGGUUUUGGCGCAAAGCUCACCAACGUCUUUUCUACGAAGUUUAUCGUGGAAACCGCCGAUGCCAAUGAAGGCAAGCUAUUCACGCAGGUCAUGGAGCAGAACAUGACAGUGAAGAACAAGCCGACUAUCGUAAACUAUAAAAAGGAGCCCUUCACACGCAUCACGUUCCAACCAGAUCUCGAGCGGUUCUCGAUGACUGAACUGGACACGGACACGGUUGCCCUUUUCCACAAACGCGUCUGGGACAUCGCGGCAACCACGGACAAGAAGUGUAAGGUCUAUCUAAACAAUAAGCUGUUGCCGGUGAAGGACUUCAAGUUAAGAGGAAAAAUUUUGUUGUUCGUUGUAUAUGUAUGCAUGAUUGCGCCAUUAAUGUACUUGGGGACGAACCACCAAUCAUGAUAAAGCUACCACCUUUACAUAUAUAUACUCGCAUCACCAACACCACUUGAAGAGAGGGAAAGACCACCAGAAACUCUAAUUCCUGGCUAUGUCGAUUUUUUCGUAAACUGCGUAUCGCGUGGCGAGGAAGCCGAGGGCCGACAAUCGUUACAGGUGAUUCAUGAAAAGUGCGGUGCUAGAUGGGAGGUUUGCGCGACCUUAUCCACCGAAGGUCAAUUUCAACAGGUCUCUUUUGUGAACAGUAUCAACACUAUCAAAGGAGGAACGCACGUCGCACACGUAGCAGACCAGCUAGUGGACGCACUAUUGAAGUUAAGACAACUUUUGUAGUUGUAGUAUCAAAACUACAUGAUGCUCUGAUUCUGUCGAAAAAAAUUUAGAUUAUAAUGUGUAGAAAGAGCCAUAAAUGUCUAUGUUGAUAAUCGGUAUCGGGAUCGAUGAUAUAGCGCUGCUUAAGUCAGGUUCGACGUAAGGACUUUCUGUUUUGUGACGCAACUCAUUUUUAUUCCCGUUGAUGACGUUGAUGUUGGUACUUACGAUUUUUACGCAGCAUCGAAUUAUGACGAUGAUUAUCGCACACCGCCUCGCCGCGACUCCUUCUUCUAAACCCCAAAGCGCAGGCCGGUAACAAAAAGGGAAUCCAGAUCAAGCCAGCGAAUGUGAAGCAGCACUUGUGGAUCUUCGUCAAUUGCUUGAUCGAAAACCCUGCUUUCGACUCGCAAACCAAGGAAACCCUGAAGACGCAACAAGGGAAAUUCGGGUCUAAGUGCGAGCUCUCCGAAACGUUUCUCAAGUCAGUCCAGAAAAGUGGAGUUAUCGACAUGAUCCUCAACUGGGCUAAGGCGAAAGAAAAAGUAGACCUGGGUCGCAAGAUGAAAGCUAGCGGAAAUCAAAUGCGCGUACUGGGCGUUCCGAAACUCGAAGACGCAAAUGAUUAAGGCAAAAGAACAAACGGGUAUUUCUAUUUAUUAAGUAAGUAUGUUAUAACAUAACAGAGGAGUUUAUAGCACGCAUGGUGCAUGGAGUAGCAUGAAGUGCAUGGAGCGCAGAGCUUUAAGGGGUGCAAGAAGCUCCCCCUUUAGCUCCAUGCGAUCCAUGCGCUCCAUGUCAUGCGAGCGGUUAAGCCUUAUAAAUUGCUCUGACAUAACUGUUUGCUGACGUAGUUGCCAUAGCUAUACAUAGGUUCGAAUUUUAUUGAACAGUUCCUCCGGGUAAUGUUUGGUCUUGGCAGUUUUUUCACUUUCUUUUUCGGUUCCAAAUUACUACCAUUAGAUGGUACAUUGGUGAAGUAAGCGUCGACGAUGUGCGAGGCGUCGUAGAAAAAGCAGCGAACGACUCUGUAAAGACUCGUUCUACUUCGGAGAUUUCUUAUUGACCAAAAGAAGCCCAUUGAAUUCUCUAACAUCUGGCGGGGGGUAAAAAGUCGGCGCAGUGCACACUCAUUCUCACAGAGGGAGAUUCAGCGAAAGCGCUUGCGGUAUUUUUUUGUAGUUGUAUAGGAGUUUUUCAUCGCUCAUAAAGUGAUAAUCAUUUUCUGAAGCGGGUGCGGAUUAUGCAGAUCCUGGCGUGCUCAAUGAACCCCGAAGCAAUUUACUUCUUCACACAUCUACAGGUCGCUGGCCUCUCCGUGAUAGGGCGCGAUUACUAUGGUGUAUUUCCUUUGCGUGGGAAGGUUCUCAACGUCCGGGAAGCAGCGCAUAAAACGCUGAUGGGCAACAGCGAGAUCCAGGCGAUUUUGAAGAUCGUGGGUCUGACUCCAAAUCAGACCUACGAAGAUCUGAACAAACUACGAUACGGAAGCAUCAUGAUCAUGACGGAUCUUAUGGAACGAUGUUAUAAACUACAAGUACAACUACUUAUAUAAUUAUAUAAAGCUUGUUUACAUUUUUUGUUGCGUUUUGAGGGAUGACCCUUCGUUCUUAUAAUAUAAUUGAGAUCAAUCUUUAGCGCUACCUUAAUACUAUCGUAGUGGUAAUGCACUACAGUACGCAAUCGGCAUGUUACCAGCAACACCGAAUGCAGGAAAAAGCACGAUGAAUGGUGAUGAUAUAACUUAACUUUCAGAUUUUUUGGCAACUUUUUGUUGUGAAAGAACCGACGAAUCCCGUCUAAAGCAGAGGAUCUCGACGGAAGCCAUAUCAAGGGCCUCCUCAUCAACAUGAUUGAGAACUGGUGGCCGAGUUUGAUGCAGCAUAAAGGGUUCCUGAAGGAGUUUGUGACGCCAAUUGUAAAGGUUCACAAAGGAGGCAAAUUUGAAAAGAAGUUUUAUACGAUAUUAUGACGCAAUUUUAUAUGGUUACUGGCACAUAGGCAUUGGCAUAACGCAAUCUGAUAAAGAUUCAGAUGUUUGAAGAACGCCUGCAUCUAGACCAGUUGCUCUCCCUCUAAUAUCUGCAGAUUACGAAUCCUGGCGGAAACAGCACAACAAUGGGAAGGGCUGGGACACCAAAUACUACAAAGGUUUGGGAACAUCCACUGCCAAGGAAGCAAAGGAGUAUUUUGUAUGGCCAUUCUCUACCGAUUUCGAUUGAUUGUAAAUACACAGUAAAAUUCGUCAAUGAAUUCAAAUACAAACCGAUAGGUGUCGAGUCCUCUAGGUGAAAACGAAUGGUCGCAUUCACUGUGUAAAGUAGAAGGCAUUGGGGGUAUAUUUCAAGCAACCUCUAACAUCUCGCGAUAUCGAAAUCAACGAAAUUUGCUUCACCCACGACCCUACGGCGCGUGAAGCCAUUGACCUAGCCUUCAACAAAGCAAGAGCCGACGACCGCAAGGACUGGAUGAAUAACGUUAGAGAAAGUACUAUCUUCAUCACCUUUGGAGUCCUUUAUCUGAACUACUCACACUCACAGUGGAAUAGAUCAACUUAACAUAAGCAUCAACAUCUAGUUUCUUAUAGCAGUGGAGUUGGAUUAAAAACAUCAACAUCUACGUGCACUUUUUUGUAGAUUAAGAAUUUACACUCGCUUCUGAAUGAGGAGGACGUAAAAAGAGGUUACAUGACAUGACUUCUGAACAAAGCAGAUUCUUGUGCAGCUCGUGUCCGAAAGUUACUCAUUGCCAAUAGAAAUAGCAUCAGUAGAGAAAACAAGCUGGUGUCUACUAAAAAUAUGAGCUGUUAUCAUGACUCAACCCGCAGAUGACACGGUGAACCAUAAUAUCAAGACUCUGGCGUUUUCGGAUUUCAUCAACAAAGAGUUGAUUUGGUUCUCCAAGUACGCGGCUCUCCGAGCGAUUCCUAAUAUCAUGGACGGAUUUAAGCCUGGACAGCGGAAGAUUAUGUUCUGCGCUUUCAAGAAAAAGCUGAAGAAAGACAUCAAAGUCGCCCAGUUCGUUGGCUACGUGUCCGAGAAGGGUGCAUACCAUCACGGAGAAAAAUCACUCGAGGACACCAUCGUGAAUAUGGCACAGGAUUUCGUCGGCAGCAACAACCUGAACCUUUUCUUUCCUAGCGGGCAAUUCGGUACUUACGGAAGAUGAGUAUUUUUUUACAUCCUUCAAACAAGAAGGCCGAACUGGACUGUUCCUUUGUAGAAAUUUCUUUUCCAUGUAAAAAGAGCGCCAGGUUGGUCUUCUUAGAAGACAGAUGCAAAACGCAUUCUCCUCUAUAGGAAGCGCCUAGCGGGUGGCAGCGAUCACGCCAGUGCAAGGUAUUCUCUCAUAGUCCAUGGCCUUCGUUAGUUUUAUUUGAUUGUAAAUGUAAAGACUUACACUUAUGAAUAUUUAAUGUGGUUAUUGGUAUCCGUGGAUAUACUAAACGCGAUAAUAUCAACAUUCUCGCCGGCCGUUGUAAUAUCAACGUUCUGGAAUCACACCUACUUCUGGCCAGUAGUACAAGGAAGUAGGUCCUCCGAUUUUCACGGACGAACUUUUAUCGUGCAUGAAAUAUGUAUGUGCAGUAUGAUCUCACUUACACAAGGUACAUCUUCACUCGCCUGAUGCCGUACACCAGAAACAUUUUCAAUGAGUUGGACGACAAUGUGCUAGCGUAUCAUAACGAGGAGGGCCAGUGGAUCGAACCCCAUUUCUAUGUACCUAUCUUAUGCGCUUCAACCGAUAUUUGUUGAUAGAUGCACAUUUUGAGAACUCAGAAAGGCUUCUAAAAAAGCACAACUUUGAGUUUGAAAAGGACGAAAAAUUUCGAGCUGCGUAUUCUCGAAAACUGAAAAUACGCGAGUUAGUGACUGACAUAAGAGAGUCUUGACUACAUUCCUCUCCUUUCAGUAUCUCGCUUAUUUCAAGUAGUUACUCGCUUAUUUCAGUUUAUCGAAUACUUCAAUAACGACGAGGAAAACGGGCCGUUCCCGUUGGCCGUGGAGUUGCUCACUGGUGCUCCUGACUUUUUUAUCAUAAUGACAACCUCUUUCUAAUUGCUUUGCCAAUGGUGCUCGUGAACGGAGCAGCAGGUAUUGGCGUCGGUUGGAGCACUAGCAUUCCGAACUUCAAUCCGCUUGAGAUCAUUGACAACCUCAGACGAUACCUGCGCAAGCAACCGAUGACUGAAAUGUUACGCACGCAUAAUAUUCUGCCCAUUGUUAGACAAGUCAAUGCUCAGUAACUUCUAUAUUUCUACUAUCAGCGUGGUGCUGGCAAUGUUUGACUAGACGAGAUGGUGUGCUUCCACCAGUACUACAAUUUGUUGUUUGUUAGCCAACUGUUCGAGUUCGUGCAGAUGCAGUUCUUCGAUUUCUCCAGUUGUACUACUUCAAGAUAGACGCCGGACUUGGUCAUCACGUGGUCCAAACGUGAGCAUGCCUGAUUUAUUAAUGGAAACGUCCGCAAAUAUAUGAUUGGUGCAAGCGCUCUUUAAAAAGUGUACCAUGGUAUCGUGGAUUCAUCGGCGAUGUAGCAGCAUCGGGGCAGGAAGCCGGCAAAUACCUUGCGAACGGCAUCAUCCGCAAAGUCUCCGAGACCCAGCUGGAGAUCCUUGAGUUGCCGAUCAAGGAGUGGACGUCGAACUACAAGGAAUUUCUCGAAGCGAUGCUACCUGGCGCGGCGAAGGCCGCUGAGAAGGCGGCUGCAAACGAGAAACAGGCAGAGUCGAAGAAGCCGCCUACUGAGCCGGUGAUAACGGAUAUGCGCGAGCAUCACACAGAAAACACGGUGCAUUUUAUCCUAAAACUAACAGAAGAACAGAUGGCGCGAAUUGAAGCACAGGGAAUGGAAAACGUCUUUAAGCUUCGCACCAGCCUUGCGACGACAAACAUGAUGCUCUUCGAUGUACACAACAAGAUCAAACGGUACUUCUAACUAGUGUGCUCGCCCCAUCACCUCAUGUACGUGUACCCUGAACUACUUAACAUUGCUCGACCAACUCCAACUCCAUCUAGAACAUCUACGAUAUAUUUACCUCAUACCAUUAUUAUAACACGGUGAAGGACCACGAUUCAUCAACCAUUGACACACUUUCAAGGCGAAACAAGACUGUUAUUUCUGCUACUUUAGGUAUGAGACGGCGAACGAUAUUCUAGACGAGUUCGCGAUCACGCGUUUGGAAUUCUACGACAAGAGGAAGCGCUUCUUGAUUGACAAAUUGGGUCGAGAAAAGCUGAUCCUAGAUGCCAAGGUAAAGUUCAUCCUGAUGAUAUUGUCCAACCAGUUGGAGAUACGGAACAAGAGAAAAAAAGUCAUCAUAGACGAGCUGCUGUCCCACGGUUUUCAGCGCAUGAGCGAGAUCCAGAAGGGCAAUCUAGGAACGCUGCCUGAGGAGGAGCAGGAAGGAGGAAACAAGGAUGGGGAAGAUGAAGACACUGCAGAUCCAAGCGCGUCUGCUGGGAAAACAGACGACUUCAACUAUCUCUUGGGCAUGCCUCUGUGGAACCUCACGCAGGAGAAGGUACAUCAAUCAUUCACAACAUUUCCUAGGUAGAAGAUCAUGCUCACACAAACUUGCACCUUUAGCGAUCGACAAUAAGCACGUGAACAUGUUCACAAAAAUUAUUUCAGAAAACAAAGAGUCAUUGAAAAUUCCUCGGAAGCAAUUUCUCGUCGCUGCCCUUCUUUUUUUCUUCCAAGUAACUACUUUUAAAAAAAGCAUGUGCUCAAAAAUAGAUUUCUGGAAAGAAUGAAGCACUCAAUGAGUAGUGCUAGGGCUUACGAGAAGUGUUGUAAAUUUACUCAGAUGAGCGUGAGCCAUAAUGUGCCACCUCAGCACAUAUUUAUCUUGCCGUGGUAGAGCAUCUAAAUAGACAUCUACUUCACAUCUUCACUGUUCGUGUUCACCCAACAUUCUAGGUAGAAGAGCUGCAGAAGCAACUGAAGGAUAAGAAACACGAGCUUUCGAUUAUUCAGAAUACUUCUCGGGAGCAGAUGUGGGACAAGGAUCUGUCAGAUCUUAGAACGCAGAUUGAGGAGGACUGGGCAAAACAAGAGAAAGAGGAGGAGGACGCGAAGAAAGUGCGCGCGAACAAUAAGAAGAAAGCGGAGGCGAAAGAAGCAGCCGGGAAGGCGAAGCGGGGUAAGAAGGCAGCCGCAUGGGCGGACGACGAGGACGACGCGUCCCAAUUCGCACCGCGGAUGGCUGACUUCAAGGAACUGAAGAAAGCAAAGCAGAAACCUGCACCCAUCAUGGAUAUCCCGGUUCAAGGCAUUGACUUGGAGGAGAAACGAGAAUACAUGAAAACGAGGCAAGUGGAGGACCGCGUCGCGAAGCGACCAGGAAAAAGAGCACUAGCUGCUGCGGUAUUUUGUUGCGAUAUCUUCCAUUUUAUCAAAUUCAACACCAACAAGUUGAAGUUACAAUAGUUAGAAUGAAUUAGAGCUACAGCUUGUGAAAUAAGCCUUGUCUUCCCACGAGGAUGCACGAGGUUCUGAUUUCCUCCUUUUUGCAUAGUUGCUUUAGCAAAUCUUUUGGACGACAACUGUCUACACAACCAGGGCGGGCUCACACAGGGCGGAACGCAGAGCGUUGCGCUAAGUCAAGCUGCUGACGAGACGACCGAAGCAGACGGUCCUCACAAAGCGAUGAAGACGGCCGCGCGGGGCAAGAAAAAGAUCGUUAUGGUUACCGUCAACCCAUCUUUAAUGGCAUCUUUGAUUAGCCACUUCCUCCUUGGAACAAGCUAAAAGAAGGUCGAAAAGACUGGUUGUUGGUACCUCUAAGAGCGGGCCUCCAGGCCUCGCGAGUGUCAAAGAGUCAGCCAGUCUGCAGGAAGACGACCGACCAGGAGCGAUGAAGCAGCAGAAAAUCACAGCGUUCUUCGGCAUGGAGCCGGCGGCUGCACCCUCCCCAGGGGCUGUAGAGCAGCCUCCCCCCGAGCCCAAGUCCACGGCUGGGCUCCUGGAGCGUCUGCUAGCGCAAAAGCGAGUGCGGAGUGCGGCGCUUAACGCAGCGGGCAUCGAUCUCAACAGAACAUCAUCGAGUGUCCUCGCGUCACGGCCAGGCGGACUCUCCGGCUUUGGUUCGUCCUCUUCUUCCUCGAGCGUCUUUGGAGGAGGUGGGGGGCUACACCUUGGUGCAGGAGCGUCUUCGUCAAGCACGGGCGGUUAUACCAGUUUCGCGGACCGCUUUGCCGCUAUCAACCGCGCAGCGGCGGGUGCGUCAUCUUCCUCGUCUAUUGGUACCAGCUUUCUCGGUGCCGGCGUAGCGCCUGGGGCUAUAUCAGGGGAAACAGCAACAGCAGCAGCAGCAGUUCCGUCUAGCAGUAGAGUGUCCGCAGAACCCGAUGGUGAUGUAGGCGUCACAUCGGUAUCAAUACAACAGGCCGCAGACGCACCUCCAGUGAAGAAAACCACGAUGGGCAUGAAACGAAAGCAAACAGAGGGCGCAUCGAGUACGGGCUCGAAGGAGAGCAAAAAGCCUAAAUCGUCCACAGGAAGCAAGUAGCAAAAACCCAGGCACCCAUGCCGACGGGAGAAGCUUUCUGAUAACAGCUACAUAAAAAUGGGAAAAGGUCUGGAUCGGAAGACCAGCAUGUAAAUAUUCAAAAAAGCCAUAUGUAUGCAAGAACGCGAUUCAUCAGAACGUUAUUCGAUCACACUUCCAGAUUUUCUACAGACUCUACUUCUAAAUCCGAUGAAAAUAUUGAUAAAUAUUUGCAUAUUUAUGUGGAUUUUAGAUUAUUUAUGUGGAUUUUAGAUAUGAUGUACUAGGUGUGACCAUAACUACGACUAAGCAGGAAAACAAAGAAUCCUUUUUGUUUAGCUGACUGUAUCCGUAUCCCGGAAGCUCAACACGCUAGGAGUCGAUCCCAUAUCACAUGCAAUGAUGCUACGCUUUGAUAUCUCAUGUUCUAUUCCUCAGUCUCAACUUCGCAACAUCUAAGGUGCAGAGUUGCUAUCUUGUUAACAAAAAAAGAGCCAAUCUGCUCUCGCUACGUUUUGUUUCUGGCAUGAGAACAUCCUUAUCGAUUCAACAAAGUCGCUAAAAUUUGACGCCUAUUGUAUACAUUGAUCUAAGAAGUAGGUGCACACAUUCGCUCUGAGUGACGGCAGAGGUCACCCUGUGGACGGCGAGUCGACUUCUAUCCUAUCCGAGUAGGGAGAGCUAGAAGCUGAGAGUCUAACCCCUGGCCGAGAAACUUGCGGAUGCGGGGGAUCUCUCUUCCAUCCGUUCGAUAUGUACCAUAGUUAAUCGCGAUGCAACUACGCUUAUGUCGCAAGCGCAACAUGAACAUACAUUUACAUAAUCACAGUGCGCAAUAAAAUGUUAGCGCACAUAUCAUUACUUCUAAAUAUGGCAUUUGGAUUUGCAUACGACACCUAUUACCAGCGGGUAGGAAAGUCAAAGCGACUACUUGUACUUCUUCUCUCAUCAUUGCAUUCCAAUCAAUACAAGAAACGAACGCUCAUUUACAUGAGCACGAUGGUUCGUGAAAAACAGAUGAGAAUCUAACUUUUAUGUCGAAUCCUUUAUUCAAAGACGUGGACGCCUAAGAGGUAAGCAACUCUUCAGUAGUCUUGGUAACGUGUGUUUUUUCAGACCCACCAAUAUAGAUACAAUUACUUCUUCUACUAAUUUUUGAUAUUCUUGCGCAAAACCGCAAAUAAAACUCAUGAUUCUUAUUGCAGCUCAACGCCCAUAGUACAUAGAUGUAUUGAUUAUUAUGAAUGUUACGUUAGAAAGCGACUGAACAGCAAAGUGAACAAGCUGUUCCAGUAAUCUGCAUUGAUUGUCUUCUUAGAGGAUCAGGCAUUCUGCUGCCACGUAUCUACUACCUCUGCGCCGAAACAGGAACCAGGACAGGUCCGGAAUCUUGUACCAGACAAAGAAAAUAAGAACAAGGGAGGCACACGAGAGCCCACCGUCUUUCUGCAAGCGGAGUAGUUUGUACUUGUUGUUAGCGUUUCGCAGAUCUUUUAUGUACUAGGUGAUUCACUCUGCACACCUUAGUAUGCCUAUGCGAGCUAAAAAGAAAGAAAAAGAAUAGCAAAAGUCAUGGACGGCAGGUCCAUCACGAUAGCGGUUGUACCGACAUCGAAAACAAAACUAGACGCGGCAGAUAAUGCAAAAAAAAGAGAGAGAGUAUGAUGACCGCCGCAUAGAAUUAGAAUCGCUUUCAAGGCAAAUACUUAGCCACAAAAGCGCCGUAUUCCUAUAAAGAUAGUUGUAUUGUAAAUAUAGGGAUGUGAAUGACGAGCGCAAUCAACCCGCGUUGUUGUUGAGUCGCCUGCUCUUGAGUUAUUUCACUCAACAUUUAUAACAGAAGCAGAGUAUUUUUGAACACUCACUCCAUAGUUUGACUUUUGGUUUUUAUCUUAGAAAAGGUAUGCGUGUUGCAAUCACAUUCGUGCGAAAAAGUUCGUUCUAUCGGCCUUGAGGACUAGCCUAAACCUCCCUCAAAUAAUGUGUGAAGCUUAUCGAUGUGUGGCCGAAUUGCUCCUGUGAUAGUUUUUCAUAUUGGUGCGCUUUGGAGUAAUUACUCAAAAUUAGUUUUUGGAUCCAGGUCCACCACUCAACAUCACACGGCAUUUUUAGUGUUCGGGAUCCAUAAGCAUUGAUUAGAUUCCUGCCCCCUCGAUCUAACUUUUUGAGGGGCGGGCCUCCAGCCCCGCGCCCUUUUUUCGAGGGGAUGCCGGUCGGGAAGGCCUCGAAGCGCCCACCUCUGACCCCCUCCCGCUUGUUGCCUGGACCCUAAAGCGCCACCAUGUCGGAGGCCGUUCAAGCACUGAGAAGC